AUGAGGAAUUGUGCAGGCAUCGACUGGCUGGAGAGGAGUAAGCACCUCACCCGCGGAGGAGAUCAAGCAGAGAAUGAGGCCGAAGGGAGGAGGCUGCAGGAGGAGCUCCAUGCCAAGUCAGGAUCUUGGGAGGGCUCUCAGGAGGCGCUGCUGCAGAAGCUGCUGGAAGCCCAGCAGCUGGCUGCCUGGAGCCAGCUGCUGGCCUGGGUGCUGUGGCUGCAGGCGUGGCGCGUGGCUGCCCCAUGCCCGGGGGCCUGCGUAUGCUACAACGAGCCCAAGGUGACGACGAGCUGUCCGCAGCAGGGCCUCCAGGCCGUGCCCACUGACAUCCCGGCCGCCAGCCAGCGCGUCUUCCUGCACGGCAACCGCAUCGUGCACGUGCCCGCGGCCGGCUUCCGCGCCUGCCGCAACCUCACCAUCCUGUGGCUGCAUUCGAAUGCGCUGGCCCGCAUCGACGCGGCUGCCUUCACCGGCCUGGCCCUUCUCGAGCAGCUGGACCUGAGCGACAACCCGCAGCUGCGUGCCGUGGACCCCGCCACGUUCCAUGGCCUGAGCCGCCUGCACACACUGCACCUGGACCGCUGCGGCCUGCAGGAGCUGGGCCCUGGCCUGUUCCGUGGCCUGGCCGCCCUGCAGUACCUCUACCUACAGGACAACGGGCUGCAGGCGCUGCCCGACGACGCCUUCCGCGACCUGGGCAACCUCACGCACCUCUUCCUGCACGGCAACCGCAUCCCCAGCGUGCCCGAGCGCGCCUUCCGCGGCCUGCACAGCCUCGACCGCCUCCUUCUGCAUCAGAACCGCGUGGCCCGCGUGCACCCGCAUGCCUUCCGUGACCUCGGCCGCCUCAUGACGCUCUACCUGUUUGCCAACAACCUCUCGGCGCUGCCCGCAGAGGCCCUGGCGCCCCUGCGGGCCCUGCAGUACCUGCGGCUCAAUGAUAACCCCUGGGUGUGUGACUGCCGGGCACGGCCUCUCUGGGCCUGGCUGCAGCAGUUCCGGGGCUCCUCAUCCGAGCUGCCCUGCAGCCUGCCCCCACGCCUGGCCGGCCGUGACCUCAAGCGCUUGGCCGCCGCCGACCUGGAGGGCUGCGCCGUGGCUGCCAGGCCCUCCCGUCCCUUCUGGACCGGCGGGCCUACUGACGAAGAGCCUCUGGGGCUGCCCAAGUGCUGCCAGCCGGAUGCGGCGGACAAGGCCUCAGUGUUGGAGGCGGGGAGCCCGGCCUCCGCCGGCAAUGCGCUCAAGGGACGUGUGCCAUCCGGCGACAGCCCGCCAGGCAACAGCUCCGGCCCGCGGCACAUCAACGACUCCCCCUUCGGGACCCUGCCCGGCUCGGCUGAGCCCCCGCUGACCGGGAUGCGGCCCGAGGGCUCCGAGCCACCAGGGCCCCCCACCACGGGCCCUCGCCGGAAGCCAGGCUGUUCCCGCAGGAACCGCACCCGUGGCCAGUGCCGUCUGGGCCAGGCGAGCGGUGGGGGCGGCGGCGCUGCGGAUGCAGAGGCCUCGGGCGCCCUGCCCAGCCUCGCCUGCGGCCUGGCCCCCCUGGGCCUCGCGCUGGCGCUGUGGACGGUGCUGGGGCCCUGCUGACCAGCCACCAAGCGGGAGGCCUUUCUCAGCAGUCAGGUGUGUGUACAUACGGGGUCCCCUGGGCACCGCCAGCCAGCACCGGGCGGCAGGCCCUCCCUGAUGGACGCGUCCCGCCCGCCCACCCCAUCUCCACUCCAUCAUGUUUACAGGGUGCGGCGGCAGCGUUUGUUCCAGAACGCCCCCUCCCACCCGGAUCGCGGUAUAUAGAGAUAUGCAUUUUAUUUUACUUGUGUAAAAAUAUCGGACGACGUGGAAUAAAGAGAUCUUUUCUUA